GGUACAUAUAAUUAAUUUCAAAGAAGUAUCUCUCUCUUCUCCCCUUUCCUCACGCCAAUUAUUCUCACUGGUAGCCCACGCCGUGAACCAUAAUUUCCAAAUCGCAUGAACUUGUCUCCAAUUUCAAAAAAAAUAAACUUGAAGCUCCAUAUAUAGCUAUUUCAAAUAUUCUUGGGAUUUAAGCCCCUACAACUCAGGAGGAAAUUGACCCCGGCCGAGUUUUCUCCAGGAAGAUGAAGGUCAAGGGUCCCAAUCAAGAAUCACAUGAAAAAAAUUAAACCUCCAAGUAAUGCAGUUCACACUUUCUUGUCAGUCUAUGAAUUUGACAUUGCAAUCUUAGAAAACUUUCGAUGGAACUCUACUCUUAGGGGCUGUUCAAGUUGCCAGGCCUGAUAUGUUCAAAUUUAAAGCUGAUCCGGUUUUAGUACUGUGCAAUCACAUUUGUAAUCCCUGACUUACUUGUGUUCAAGCUAGAGGUUUUGCCUCCGUGCAUAGCAAUCAAAAUAUGUUUUUCAAUUUAUUUUAAUGAGCCCCAUCAGUUAAAAUUCCCAAUAUGCCCUCAAUAAUUGAGGAAUCCCGCCACUCAAUUUCACUUGGCGGAAACCUCAACAAUUUGAAGCCUUUUAUUCCGACAUUAGUUGGAAGGUAGUUUUGGCGGAUUGAGCAAGAGGCGACGCACGAUGCAGUCUGGUCAUCAUCACGGGCAAGGUAUGUCUCCCUUAUCGGGCGCACCGAGUGUAUGUAUCCCCAACUCCGGGAAACGUCCAUGGAGUGGUAGUCCUAGAAGCAGGGGCGAUUGCGAUGGUACUGUGUUUCCAUCUGGUUCAGAACAAGUUUCGCAAGGGGGAAAGAUCGAGACGAAUGUGGACUCCAAAGGAGGAAGACAUACUCGCAGCGACAUUGCUUGAGCUCACUGCAACAGGGUGGAAAUCGGACAACGGUUUCAGAGCAGGGUACCAAAGUAAGAUAGAAGAUAGUCUCCGUGCCGAGUUCCCCAACACGGACUUGAAAGGCAAUCCGCACAUCAACUCCAAAAUUGCGUCAUGGAAGAAGAGCUACGGCCUUCUCCGUUCUAUACUAAGUCGAACUGGGGUAGGGUGGAACCAUCACGGUGAUCACAAGUUUGAUUGUAGUGAUGAGCAAUGGGACCAGAUUGUGCAGGCAGACAAAGAAACAAAAUAUAUGCGGAACAAAUCGUGGCCUUUGUGGGAGACGUGGAAGACUAUAUUUGGCAAGGAUCGUGCUUCAGGGGUGGCUGCUGAAGAGAUAGGAGCUGCUGCAAAAAGUCUUCGUGCACAGGUUUCUGGAGGAAGCCAGGUUUACGAGAACGACUACCACCCCUCCUUUGAAGAUUUCAUUACUGAACCGUUUACACCGGUGUCCAACAACAAUGAGGUGCACGACGACAGCUCCGACGAUAGUGGGAAACAAACGUCGACUACCAAAUCUAUACCCCGUAAGAGCAAAAAACCAUCCCCCGAUGCUGAUCUAAUCGAGUUCCUUGGCAACCUCCACCAGAGAACAGACGCGCGACUAGAGAUGAUUUCUAAACGCAUCGGAUACGAGUUCGACAUGGGUCAGGCACGACAGGAAGUGUAUGAUAAGCUAUGCACUGUAGAAGGACUUACCCUGCCCCAACGAUACCGUUUGUGCAAUAUUCUUGGCGACAAACCUCAACGUCUUGAAGUUUUCAUUGGUAUGCCGGUUAAUGCUCGUUUGGGAUAUCUCCUAUGCCUUAUCGAGGACGAACAUAAGGAGGUGUGAUUGAAGCGAUGAGCUCAUUAUGUUUUGGACACCUCGGUGUGUGUUUUUGCUAUGUUUUUAAUAUUGUUAUAGCUGUAGGAAAAUCAACUUAUCUUUUGGUUACUGAACCCCCCUUUUUGCCUUUCUGUCUGUGGCAAGUGAUUGGCCUGCAUUAGUUUUAUGAAAGGUUUAUUUAUGCUUCUA